CAGCGGGUUGUGUCUGUCUGGUGCCGGCUAGUCUCUUGGAAGGUCCCGUGUGUUUCUUACGUUCGGCAUCAAUACGGGUAUGGUAUGGGUAAGAGUGUUGAACCAUACCACAUGUGACUUCUGAUUUUCAUUUGCUGAUUCGGUUCUUCGUGUUUUCUUUCACAUCACUAGGCUCUUUUUUACGAAGUGAAAGAAAUUAACACGAAUAUAUAAGGCAGAAUGUCGACUGUAUGUAACUGGUUCAGUUUUAUGUGCAUGAGAGAAACACAAAAGAAGAAAGCUGUACAUCACCGCAUACACCCAAACAGACAAGCAUAUGAUGCUAUUGUUGUUUGGAAAGGAAAAGAGAGCCAGAAACCAAAGCAUGGCAGUAUCAGCUUCGAUGUUAUCUUGAAGCCUGCGACGAGCCCUCCGACACCCAAGCCAAACUCCCCCAUCAGUGUGAAGAAACGUGAACUUUCACAAGAACAGAUAGAGAACAAAUUGAAGAAAGCAGAGGAACGAAGAAGUAUGAUAGAAGCGGAGCGCCUGGAACAGAUCGCCAGAGAACGUCAGAAGGCUAUUGAGGUCAUGAACAAGGCUCAGUGUGAGAGUGAACUGUUUUCUUUGAAGACCAAGGAAAAGUUGCGUCGCUCCAUGGAAAUCAGACGAGAGAACCGGGAGACUCAGAUCAGGGCUCUGCAGGAUCGGCUUCGGGAGCAUUCACAAAGAGUGAACGAGGUUCAGAAGGCUGGGGAAGAGAUGGUGAAGGAGUUUGAGGAGAAGUCAGAGAUAAAACUCUCACAGAAAAUGAGCACAUACGAAGAAAAUCGACAGAAUCAAUUGAAGAGUAUGCUUGCUAAGUUGAAGGAACAUGCCAGCCACAUCAAUGAAGUGUGUACUGCCAGUGAGAACAGAGGCCCAUCUACUGAUGAGCUGCAGGAACAACUGGUGCAGAAGAUGGAAAAUGCUUUGAAGAACCGCGAGGAGCAGCUGAGAAGCUUGCAGGAAAGACUUGCAGAGCAUGAAAGUCGUAUCAAGGAAGUCCAGAAAAAGAAAAUCACUUCUUCUGGGGAUGGUACAGAGAAACAGGAAUAGACUAAUCACAAGAAGUAGUGGUUGGUGGAAUAGGAAUUUUUCGACAGAUACAAUCAAGAAAGCGCUGAUGACAGCAUUUAAAGAAAAAUCAAAUACAUUGACUUUUGACUUUGUCCACACUUUUUGUAUCGGGGCUAGCAAAUUGUCAUGAGUAAGGUGUGUCACGUACUUUUACUACAUUGGACCAUUAUGUCUAGACUCUAUCCCUCGGAACAUUUUAUUUUACCUCAUUUACUCAUCUUUAUUCUUUAUGCCCUUUUUCUUUUCAAAAUUCUUUCUCUUUAACUUCCUCAAUCUCUUAAAGAUGUUUGCUGCAUUUCUUUUUGUUCUGUCUUAACAAUUUUGAAGCAAAGAUUGUAUCUGAAGAGUUAUGCCACAUUCUAAUAUUGCUGACACUGCCCUCAUUUUAGUCUUAGUUAAUAGUUCAAAUCAACUAGAUAACUUGCAUUAUGUUUAUAGAGAAUAUCUAUAUGUGGACAUGAUGGUGCGAGUGAUUACUCACUUUAUUAUAAUUGUCAUGAUAAAUUUACAGAAGUCUAGCUUAGGCAGGCUAUAAAUCUGAAGUAUCAACAGUUUUCUAUAAUAUGAACCAUUUGCCUUUUGGUCACUCCUCAGUUACUGGCUGAAAGUCUGUUGAAAUCUUAUUUAGAAAUGAGUACUGUGGCAUUUCGAGCUGGUCUGAAGUUAAAAGACAUUUUUUUCCCUAUGAUGAUGAUAUCUCCAGUUUGAAAAGUAAACGAGUCUUUCAUCAUGCAGUAGGCCUACUGAUGAGCAGAUGUGAAAUGCUAAACCGGAUGUAGAAAGAAGUCUGGUGCGAAAGGGUUUCUAAUCUUUUAUAUCCUGAAUAAAUAUUUAAAAAAGCUAGUAGUGCAAGCGCAUUGUCGUUGUAAAAUGCUCUAAGGCAAUGGUUUAAGAAGACUUGCCAUGUUUUUGUAGCUUUCUUUAUAGAUUAGUGUGGCCUGGUAGUUCCUAUGAGUUGCAGUUCACAGCUAGAGAGUAACAUCUCAAAUUUGCCGUGAGUGCUUCCUGUGUAUGGCCGCCAAAGUACACAAGGGAGAACUGUGUAAAAUUUGCCAUUAUCACAGUUCAUUUUUAUAACAUACUCAUUGUAUCAUCUACUUACACAUCAAGUGCAUUGUUCUGUUUGUGGAAAAUAAGCAUAUUAUGUUUAAACUGCAUCUUAUCCUAAGAAUGUGUGUGAUUGUUUCAUUAAAAGGCCCCUUGUGGUUUGCUGAAAUCAGCAUUGUGUGCUUUGGUUGUGCGUUCAUUCACGCAAUGAGUCCUGAUAGGAAAAGAAUAAUUUUCCCACUUUAAUGUCAUAGGCCUUGUCUAUUGUUUUGUAAGUACAAAUUUUCUCCCCACACGCUUUGAGCAAGCCUAAAGAAGAUCUUCAGUGUAAAAUUGUGUGAUAAUGCUGUGCGCGUCAGACAAACCUUGUGGCCUUCAGUGAGUCUCCUUUCUGACAUAAAUGUGGUCCUUAUUGACUUUUGCUAAAUUUAAGUUUAGUCUAGAGUUUUGGGUGCUAAGAUGGCUUCAAGCCCUGAAUUAUUGCUCUUUUUUUAAAGCCUCCAUUUUCUGCCCAACAUUUUCAUUUUUGUUGACACACAGUGUCCUGUUCUAGAACAAAUAAAAAAUUUCCUCAUUUUUUCCCCUCAGUACUCAUUAGAAGGAACAAUUUUUUAUUCCAUAACGUCUUACUAUUGUGAGAAAUUUUAUUUUCCUUGACAAUCUGAAUCUGAACCGGACAUUAUAUGCUUGACAGAAACAAAUUUCAUUAUACUUACAAUUAUAUUUUUGUUCUUCAUAUAUACUGAUCAUUGCCUUAAUGCUUUCUUACCAUUUUUACAUCAUUAUUCUUUUGUUUGUGGUAAGAUUUGUAUUUAAUGAUAGAUUUGUGCAUAAGUAGGUGUGUGUAAUGUCUGAAAUUGCAUAAAAGCAUGUUCAUCGUAUCUAUCGGGUGUUCUAGUUGGCCGCAGAGAAUUUGGUUUCAUAAGUGAAAAAUCAACAAUCCAACGUUGAGAGCAGAUGUGUCAAAGAUGCAGUCAUGUCCACCCAGCAAUAACUUCCUUUGUAAUGCAAAAAGUUUUGAGGAGAUGGAGGGGAGGGGGGGUGAUUCCCUCUGUAUCAUUCUUAAUCUGCCGAGGUUACACGGGUGGGUGGGAGGUAAUCUUUUUGCCACUGCUGGUUGCUGCUGAUCUCUGCCUCACAGUUGUGUUGUCACAGUCUUUGUUCCGUCUGUAAAUCCUGAUCACAAGAUGAGAUCAGAAACUCUUGUGUGAGAGGCUUGUCAAGUCGUACACAUCUUUGGGUUUGUGUGUGUGAGGCCUAAAUUGUGGGUGACUUUUUUAAAAAAAUUCCGCUGAUUGUUCUCAAUGUGCUUUCUGUGUUGAAGAAAGUCCUAGGUUGUGUUGCUCUGCUCUACCCCUCCUCCUUCUUCGUGUAAUUCUAUUCUAGUUGUGUGGGUUUGUUUCCCUGUGGAUGUACAAACCUUUUUAAAAAAAACAAAACAAUGAUCCAACUUCCGUGGCCCCUUUCAUGCUUUUCAUAUUUUGCUGAAAAUAUUACCUAUUGCCAUACUCAUCAGCUAUGCAUGGUUACUUUUUUAUUGCUUUUUCCCAUUUUGUGCUUUUCAGCACAUUGCAAUGUCAAAUUAAGUUGAUUUUUUUUUUUUUCUUUUUUUACUUUAUACACACGUCUUCGGCCCCGAUUUGCAAAGUCAACCGCAAGUAUUCCGCUGCCUUUUUUGGGUGCAAUUUCUAUUGUGUUCAUUUAGUACCAAGUAUUUUUAAGAUAUGGACAUUAGCUGUUACUACAGUGUUUGCUGUUUUACAUUGUCAAACCUUGUAUAUAUGAGUACUUAAUCAAGUUUUAUGUCUCUUACUACGCACCGAAAAAAAUAACGUUCAUUAUUAAAAGCAUCAUACUCUUCAUACUGUUUGUCAUGUAUGUUCCUAUGUAGUUUUUGUGCUGUAAAUCAAGUUGGUCUCUCUCCAUCCCUCCAUCUCUCUCGCUUCCACCAACAAUAAGUUGAAGUUGGAAUUUACUAAGAAUUCAAGUUAAAUUUUGUUUAAGACUUUCUUGUUCCUUUGAUUUUAGAUUUGCAUGGACACUCACAGUUCACUUUUUAUAGCAGGGUCUGACUUUUCGAUAACUCACCUGUCCAGCUAGUAUUUUCCAUUUUGCUUGCUCUUCAAUAUGAUCUACCAACAGCAAGCCAAAGAGUGCUUCCAACCUUGCACAGGCUCUUUUCUCAAAUUUUCAUCACUUCUCCCAGAUGGGAAUGUGGAUGGUUCCAGUCUAAGACAGUGGAGGAUCGUGUUAGUAUGUUGAGUGCCUGUAAAAUGGCUGCUUGCCUUUAUGCAUCCCCAGAAGCUGAGAAUGUUGCAGGUUCUGGUGGGGGUAAUAAUGGCAUUCAGUCUACUGUUCAGAAGGAAUAUAUGCAGUGCAAAUGCAGUCUGUAAUUGUUGUUUGUAUUCCAAGUCUCGAAACCUUCAUUACUUAACAAAGGCACUGUUCACAGGCCCUUUAUUUGAUGAUGCGGUUGCGAGCCCUAUAAAACUUUUACCAAACCAAACCAAACCUUUUACUUUUAAUUUUCUUGUCAAGUUUGGUCAAAGAUUUCUAGGUGUGCUGCAAUUCUGACUUUGUGCUGGUCAGUUUUUUGCCUGUUAGAUAUAAUGGUACGGAUGUUUACUCUUGAUAUGGAAUGUCUCAACUGGCACAGGCUGUCUUGUCUUGACCUGCCACUGAUCAGACCAUGUCCUGACCUCAUGAUCCGUCUCAGUAGAUGGGGGGUCAGGUCUGUCAGUGGUGCGACUAUUGGACGUGUGCCCUUAGUGAACUGUGAGAAGAACUACCUUUAUAUUAUCAACAAAGUCAAACUCAAAUAGGCUAGCAUGAUACCUCAUCAUUAUUAGGUAGAGAGAGAAGUUUAAGAUAUCAACUCUUGAAGGCUAAUAAUAAAAUCAGUUAGAUUUUAAUUCAAUUGUGGGGUUUUAUUAAGGUGUUAUUGUCUGUUUCUUCUAGCUCUGUUUCUUUUGCAUUGGAACACUGAGAGACCUUGUAUUUUCUCGUACUUACUUCUUCUGAUACGUAAGCUAGUAACAAUAUAAUCAUCAUACUCAUAAUACAUGUUUUGUCUGCUUGUUCUCGGUCAUUCAUAAACUUGUGUGGUUUUUACCUUCCAGAUUUAUCUCUUUGUCUACUAGGAAUUAAUUACGCAUUGCAUGCAUCGUAUUAUGCACUAUUGUUCACAUUGUCGGGACCAGUUUAUGCUGCUUGCAUCGAGUUUGUUUCAAUUCACAAAAGCUGUACUACUUAAUUUAGUGUUAUGGUAUUAUUUUGUUGUUACCAGGGAAAGCAGAUUUUAAAGAAUGGUGUCUUUAUUGCUGUUAAGAUAAAAGAGUGAGAAGUUUCAGCUGGAGAAACUGCCCACAAGCUUUUGAUAGCCAUUGAGUUGUGUUUUUGUGUUUGCCUCCGCUCUAAUGAUGCCGCAACAAACGCGUACAUGUAUUCUUUGUGUUACUCAAUAAAUUUAUCGCAAAGCC